UCUGGUAGGCCGGAUGCUGCAGCGGGACCCGAAGGGCCGUGCGUCUCUGGAGGAGAUCGAGAGCCAUGCCUGGCUGCAGGGGGUGGACCCGUCCCCAGCCACCAAAUUCAACACCCCCCUGGUGUCCCAUAAGAGCCUGUCUGAGGAGGAGCACAACGGCAUCAUACAGCGCAUGGUGCUGGGGGACAUCGCAGACCGAGAGACCAUAGUAGAGUAAGUUAACACACAGACAUGGACAGAUGUCUAGAUAUACAAACGUCUUCCUAUACUAGGGCUGUUACGGUGACCGUAUUACCGCCACGCCGGCGGUCACGAGUCAUGACCGCUGUCAAAUUCCACGUGACCGUUUAGUCUCAGUUAACUAGGCUUCUCUAAAACUGUGCUCUGAUGCCGUUGAUGGUCAUUAGUAGCCUACCAAACUUGCUAACUGCCAGUCGCUAAUGGCCUGGUACUCAGCACUCUAUUGUCCCUCUAAUCACUCCUUAUAACCUCAGUCAUUGCACAAUCGCAUGUGAAAACAUAGUUUUGACUGGCCACUAUUUAAAAGAGGAUCCCAACUUUCUUGUGCUGCUAUGUUUAUUGCUCAAUUAUUAAAAUUAAGCACAUUAAUCCGCUUUACAACCGGUGUAGCCUACCUGGCAUACAUAGGCGGGGCGUGAGUUUUAAGUUUGUGGUAGCACAUUUUCACCAUAAAAAUGCACCUUUAUAAUAAAGCAUUCCAUGCAUCAUCGCAUUUGCAGACUUAUGUUAGAAAGUCUACUAUUCCUAAUGUGAUGAGUAGAUUGGAUAGUCAUAGGCUAAUAAUAUAAUUAAUUCACUGUUUUCAAUCGCUAACUUUUAAGUAGCACUGACCCAAAAAUGAUAAAUAGUGAAUCUGCGCAUUGCGCACUCACCGGGGAUAUUGCUGAUAUUCUCCGCUGGUGCCAAUAAGAUAGGCUAUACCAGUGAUGCCAACUUAGCAAUUUUGUUGCUAGAUUUAGCAACCUUUCAGACUACCCUCGCAACUUUUUUUCAAACAGCACCUAGCAACAAAUGUAGCUACUUUUAACAAUUUCUUUGGAACUUUUAGCAACUUUUGAAAAGUGACUCAAACGCUAAAAUGCACACAUUUUCCCUCUAAAUGACACAAAAACGAUUUUCUCUGUCACACACUCAGUCACAACACACUGCCUGGCUGCAAAAGUGCAUUGUGAGUGACGUCAGCAGCAGGCGCUCAGCUCGUGCACAGGCAGCAGCAGGCCAGCCAAGCAGCACAACAACCUGGAGAGAGCUGGAGAGAGAUGCCUAGCACACACAUCAUUAUUUGAGUUAAGUUGCUUGUUCAAUAAGAUAGCAUAUAUACCUUGUUAUUAGCUUGUACCUAUAAUUGUUGAUCAGUUAGGUAGCAUGUUAACUAACUACCAGUACACUGCUUAAAACUAUACUUGUACAGAAUGUGUAGGUUUACUAGUUAAUAAGAAAAUAAAUAAAAUGUAAUUGUUCAAAAAUAAAAUAAAAAGAUCUGAUCAUAUAAAUGUGUUGUGUUUAUUACUUUUACAAAUAAAAUAUGCGAUAAUAAACAAACAAAUCUAAACUAACAAAUGUUAAAUCAUAUUUGUCGUCAAGAUGGCCAGUCAAUUUGAGUAACGUUAUUGUGUAUUCUACGUAAUGACGCAGUUUUACAUUAUUACGUAACGAUGUCAUCACGCAAUGACAUCACAACGUCAUUUAGCAACUUUUAGCAACAAAUCGACCUGCCUCUAGCAACUUCCCCUGAAAAUGAGUUGGCAACACUGGGCUAUACUACUGUUAGCUCAAUUUAGUUGAGAAUUUUGAUAACUAAAAGACAGAUUAGUAUUUUCCUUGUCUUCUCUUUAGAAAGCAAAUUGUUAUUGCUGUAAUCUAUGUUUUCCCACGAUUGUAUUUUGAAUAUUGCGAUAAUCUGCCCAAAUUGCGCACGCUGCCUUUCCUUCCAACUUAUUUUUUUAAAAGAAGCUAAUGAUCCUCUGUGGCCAAAUCAUGCUUUAGUAGCCUAUUUUGAAUGAUUUUAUGUAUUUCUGUAUAGACAGGAGUAGGCUAAUUAGGCUAUAUAAUUUUGUCCAUUUACUUUACUUUAGGGAAAGCUUAGCUUCCCCUAGCCUUAUGGACACGCCACACGUAACCUCCAUUCCGCUAUUCGAGUGCAGGCUACGGAUUACGUAAAAAAACAAAAAGUAGUGGGCCAUUCGAAAUCAAAAAUAAUUCCACACAUGUAUUAUAUAUGUAAAGACCAGAUUAAAUUGAGAAUGGUCUGAUGGCUGAGAAUAUUAUCAAGUGCUUGUAAAAUUGUGCAUGAGACUGAUGAAGUGUGUGCAGCCUGCGCAAGAAACAGAACAGAGCUCAUGCCUUUCAUGUAACUUUUUUUCAAAUCAUUAGUCACAUCAUGCAGCCUUAGAAGGUAUAUAAAAUCGAAACAUAUAGCCUAAUGUUGUAUCACAACUAAAGUCGCAUAAAUAACUCUAAAUUAAGCAUAUAGCAGGACCUGUUUCUUUGUUAACCGCUCAACACAGAAUAGCCACAUGAGCGAACAUACUUGGAAAUCAUUUGGAGAAAAUAACCUUUCUAUUUUAUUCAGCUAUGUUCAAUUGUAUUCCUCAUACUAUGAAAUAAUGCCACAGAAUUCUAAGCAAAUCUUGUCUGCUAAAUGAACUAGUGUUGCACACAGCCAUAUGGCAUAGCCAGAUCAGGGCUUAACAUAAGGACGACUCAGAGUAUGCUAUUCUGUUCUUCUGAAAUAGACUACAUUUUCUUCAUAUCAUGUUUCUUUAGACCUGUCUAAAAUAAAUAAUGGAUUUAUUGUGAUGGUGUAGGCUAUAUUAACAUGUAGAUGUUCCAAAGGUCUGCAUCAGUGACUUGUAGGCUAGGCGUGGAAGCCAGGAGAUGCUAAACAUGUUUAUGUUCAUUAACGGUAAAUUACCGUGAGACCAACAGUUAUUUGCAUGACCAUCACCGGCUAACAAAAUGUCAUGACCGCCACAGCCCUAACCUACACACACACACACACACACACACAAUUGCAGACGGCCGUUAGUCUUCUGAAAGUCACGAGGUAUUUGAAAUAAUUUAUUUGGCGUUGACUUUUCCCAAUGAUUGACUGACUGUGACAUUUGCUCUGUCGAGGCAUGAAUGAAAUAAUUAUGUUGUGAAGUCUGUUCUUCAUUUGCCCUUUUCAUAUUGAGGGUUCUACAACUGCAACCCACCAAACCUGUUUCUUUGUCACACUCACUACUAACAUCUGCACUACUAACGCAUAGAACUGAACCUGAACAUCUGAGGGGACUCAGUCAGCAGAUAAGAGACCAAAGUGUUGAACUGUAAUGUGAACUCAACAGCAGCCCUCCCUUAUCCUCCUACCCUGAACAUGAAUCAUGGAUGUGAUUUGAAACAUACAUACUGACUCCACUUUAAAGCAGCAGGGCCGCUGCCAGCCGUGUUUUACAGCCACAGACACACAGUGAGGAUAGAGGUUCCUCACAGGAACACUGGCCUCCUUUAUUAACCCUGUCUGAAGGAAGGGCUUUACUGAUGAGGAGGAAAGACAGAGGGAUGCAGGGAGGAUUUAUCCCCACUUCCCAGUCAUUCAAGAGAUUAUUGUCCCGGUGAAGCCCCCACCUCCCACCUUACAGACAGACAUUCUCAUUCACACACACACAUACAUUAUGGGGAGGAGUUCACUUGAUUGUUCAUUAACACAGUGUAGAAUAAUCCCAGAGGCUGUCGAGAACACAGUGUAGAAUAAUCCCAGAGGCUGUCGAGGGAUGUGAACCAGCUAUCUAUUGUCUCAUUGAUUCCAGAGGGGUUAGAGGGCAGCUAAAGGUUAGAACCUGUUAUCUUGCUUUGUUUACAUUUAGAUGUAUCAAAUGGCUUCUUUAAAUGCCGACGUGAUUGGGUUUGCCCUGCGGUGACUUGUCUGUUGACAUACCGUACUUGUCUCUUGUGUGUGUGGGUGUGUAACCCUCUCUUGGCCUUCUCUCCCAGCCUGUCCUAACAUGUCCUCUGCUGUCCUGUCCAUGGUGUUGUUCCAGAGCCCUGGAGACCAACAAGUACAACCACAUCACUGCCACCUACUUCCUGCUGGCUGAGAGGAUCCUGAGAGAGAAACAGGAGAAGGAGGUCCAGACACGCUCCUCCAGCCCCAGUAACAUCAAGGCCCAGUUCAGGUAACAUACACACGUGCAACACAGAUGCGCCACACACACACACAUACAUGCAUACAUACAUGCAUGCAACACAGAACACACAGACAUACACACACACAUGCGUGUGUGAUGCAUAAACACCAAAACUAUCCCCUCCAGAUAAAACCCACCAGAUCCAACCACUCUGACUGCAAUACCAAUGCCUGUUUAAUGGCCUACUACACACAUUCAUCCAUUUAUUGGGGCCAUUCAGAUGUCAUAAUGAUGAUUCCUCAUUGACUAGGAGGACCGUGCCUGUCAUUAGGAGGAGAACCCACGCUGUCCUUUCCUCUUGGUCUAGUUCCCAUCCCGCUCCCUCCGUCAUUUGAUCCCUCAAUGUGGUGACAAAUGUAUUUUAAUGUCUGACUGCAGUCAAUUCUUUGGAGUGACCUAGAAAAUGGAAGUCUGGUUCUCUCUCGGAAUAUCAAAGCCAGAGAGAGGGAGCGAGACUGCUUUUGGAGGAAGAAGAGAGGAGAGAUCAAACACAUGCAGGCUGAAGCUGCUCCCUCCUGGCCUGCUCGCUGUAACCCAUUUGACCAGAAACCCAUGGACAAACAGGUGCUCGGAGGGAGAAGGCCCAAUUAUAGCUCCUGGGUCGUGGCCCCCUUGGUGCAGGAGUAGAAUGUGAGCCAAAUCCACUGAAAUGUAUGGUGCAGCAGUACAGGCUUCUACUGCCCUACUGUUUCUACUGCCCUGAGCUCCUCAGUUCACUGCACAUUGUUUUUGAUCAUUGAGUGUUGUACUGUUGUGUAUUUUAACACAGAAACACUGUGUCAGCGUGUGGCAUCAGGCAACAUGCUGUCAUAACAGAAAAAAACUACUUUCUGAUAGUGCUUAAAUUAUUUUUAGGAAUAACAACAGUCUACUAUUCAUCAUCCAUAUGCAUGCCAGUUUAUAUACGCCCAAAACAGUGACCUUGACAAGAGGGGGAAUGUUCCCCCGCUCUCGCUCUCCCUCCCUCUCUCUCUGUGCCAUCGUGGGCUGAAGCUGAGCUUUAUCAGGUAGUUGGCUUCAGGGAUUGUCUGUAGAGUUCUUCGGGAUCGUCUGCGGUUGUGAGAGUUAAUGAAUGGAGCCAGAGCGGUGUCACACAGCUGAGGUGUGUGUGUGUCUGAGAUAUUCUACUGUAGUUAAGCCUUUGAAAGCCUGGCUGAAUGAACUAGGAUGGUAGCAGAGUGGCACUAAGGGCCCUGUGGCCUCCACCGCCAUGCAGCAGCGUGGGGGGUUUCACAUACACACGGCAGGCAGGCAGGACUACCAUGGGAUUAAUUGUGUUAUAUUGCGUGCCGCUGGGACUUGGCCGGGCUCCGUCGAGAGAGAUCCCAGUGCUCUGUUCUCUGUUUGUUUUCCUGCUCUGCCAUGUCAACAAGGACCUUCUCGAUUAGAAGAAUGUUGACUCACUGAGCUGUUUAGUCAGGUUCAGUACUGGAUUAUUCUAAGAUCAUACUGUUUAUUUUAUCUUAGUUUAUUUUCUCCUCUGACUUUAUAUAAAGUCAGUGCAGCGUAUACUAACCAGGGGAAUAGUUUGGGUAACUCUGGUCUGCUCUCUGCCCUUCCAGACAGUCCUGGCCGACGAAGAUUGACAUGCAUCAGGACAUCGAGGACAGUCUGGCAGCCUCCUCCAUCUCCCACGCUGGUGGUCCCCAGUCCCCCGCCCGCAGCACUGAGAACCUUCUCAACGGACACCGCACCAAGGGCCUGCUGGAGCUCCGCUGGGAUGAGAGCAACGCAGGGGCCUCCAGUGCCCCUGCUCCCGUUUCUGGGCCCCCUAGAGCUGGGGCCACGGCCCCCACACCCUCCACCUCCUCAGCCAAGCAGCGCAGCUGCCUGUUCAGGGUAGAGGAGGACGAAGAGGAGGAAGAGGAACCGGACCCGUCCUCUCUGUCCACCCAAGUGAUCCUGCGUCGCAAGGCUCCGUCCAUCACCAACCGGCUGACCUCCAGGAAGAGCGCCCCGGUCCUCAACCAGAUCUUUGAGGAGGAGGGUGAGUCAGACGACGACUUCGAUAUGGAUGAGGGGCUGCCACCCAAACUCAGCCGGCUAAAGAUGAACGUCGCUGCUGCCGCAGCGGCCGGGUCACCGGGCACCACUCAGAAACGCUAUCACCGCCGCAAGAGCCAAGGCCGCGGCUCGUCCUGCUCCAGCUCGGAGACCAGUGACGACGACUCAGAGAGCCACCGCCGGCGUCUGGACAAGGACACAGGCUUCACCUACAGCUGGAACCGCAGGGACAGCAGUGAGGGCCCGCCUGGAAACUCAGGGGGGAAAUGGUGGAGGGAGCAGCGGAGGGCAAAGUAAACCCCCCGGGGAGGGGGGCAGCUCAGGACCAGACAGGGGCAGUCCUCCUGGAGGGGGAGGUGGGGGGAGUAGUGACAGUGGAGGGAGUGGUGGUGGUAGUAGUGGAGGAGGAGGAGGGGGUGGUAAGGGACAGGGUUCACCCUCCAGUUGUUCUAACGGCAGCAGUAAACACUCCUCUUCAGGCUCAGGGUCCAUGCGGAGACACUGUGCCUCGCGCAGCCCCGGGGCAGCAGAGCUGAUGGAGAGCCUGAAGCUCAUGAGCCUGUGUCUCAGCUCCCAGUUACAGCAGAGGGGGAGAAGUGGAGGCCCCGGCCUGGCGGGAGGGGUGGGCAAGUUCAUCAUAGACCCUCAGAACCUUUCCAAUAGUCUGUCCAGCAGCCUGUCAGCCGGCAGCGUCAAGACACAGGAGACGUCCUCUUGGAAGAUGUGCAUUGGCUCCAACGGCAGCUUGGACCUGGAGCUAGACACCAUCGCUCUGCCAACCACCGCUGUCAACACUCCAAGGGCAUACGCAGACCAAACGGCGGCAGCAGCACUUAGCGAACUGGCCCUGGCCACCAAGGAGAAGAAUAAGCUGAACAACCUGAAAAACAAUGUGCUCCAGCUACCUCUGUGUGAAAAGACCAUCUCUGUGAACAUCCAGCGCAGCCCCAGAGAAGGGCUCCUGUGUACCUCCUCUCAGGCCAGCUGCUGCCAG